UUUGUUUUUGUUUUCAAAAAUUAUGUUUAUCCGGUAUGUAGGUUAAAGUUAGUAGUAGUGUCUCACUCAAGUGACAAGUAAACUUUUUUAUUGUUAAAAAUGCGGAAUUACGUUAUGAUUCCCAGCUUACUUAUUCGUUGUUGUUCUUACUCGAAUCAAAGUGGUUCAAGAAAGUUUGCAUCGAGCCUAAAUUAUAAAGCAUUUGUACCUUAUUUACACCCAAGUUUUCGUGAAGCAUCUACAAAAGCGGCUUUCUGCAACAAAGUGGACGAGCCUCUAAAAAUUGAGGAUUAUAAAGAAGAAAAGUUAAACAAAGGAGAGAUUAGAAUCAAAGUACACUAUUGUGCUUUAAACCCUCGAGAUUUGCUGUUGAUAAAGGGAGCUAUACCUGCUAAAACACCUUUUGUGCCUGGGUAUGAAGUUUCUGGCGAAGUUAUAGAGAUAGCUAAAGGAGAUGGAAAAGAGUCAACAAAAGAUGAUGACGAUGAUGAUUCUAUUGUAGUCGGUGAUAAAGUUGUUGCUCUCAGUAAAUCAUGGCUUGGUGGAUUAAGAAGCCACUGUGUUGCCCCAAUUCAGGACGUCUGGAAGUUUAAAGCAAUAGAAUCUGAAAAAGCUGCUGGUCUGAUAAUCAACUAUGGUCAUGCCCUGUUGAGUUUGUUCCGGAGAGCAAAAAUCAAGAAAGACAAGGUCCUAGUCAUCACAGCGGACACCGGUGGAAGAGGAUUAGCAGCUUUAGACAUUGCUGCUAAUGUUUACAAAGCAAAGGUUGUUGGCGUCUGUGACUCGUCUGAAAUGGCAGAUUUUAUGAGGGAAAGGGGUGCUUGGAGUGCCAUCAAGAUGGAUGCCAAAAGUCUGAAAGCAGCGGUUCGUGAUAUUGUUGGCGACAAAGGGGUCGACAUCGUCUAUGAGACUGUGGGAGGGAACUUUCUAGCAGGAGCCAUGCAGUGUGUUAAACAUGAAGGUCUAGUCAUCUUAGCAGAUAUACCUGGUCCUGAAGAUGUGAUAAAACCAGCCGAGUGGUUCAAUAUGCCGCAUACUUUCAACAUGACGGCUCUCUCACUGCACCACUACAGGGAUCGUGAUUAUCCAGUGUACAGGCAAGCGGUGAGUGAUGUCAUUGAACUUUGUGAACAGAAUCUCAUUAGUCCUGACGUUCCACACAUAUUCGAACUGAAGGAUGUCAAUGAAGCAGUCAAAAUGCUGAAGGAGCACAAAGUCUUGGGCAAGAUCCUUGUUAAACUUGGUGGUUAAAAACCUAACUCGUAUUAGACCGAUGUAAAGCGUACUUGUUUAGUCAUUCGGAACGAUGCUCGAUUGUAAUUUUGUAAUUUAUCUAGUUGUCAAAUAUGUACAACUUUUAUUUCAUGUGCAAAUCAUUUUUUAAAUCAGAAAUUGAGACCCAGUUGCCCUAUGAUUUAUAAGCUUAUAGAAUUAAACAAUUUAACAAAUUAUACAAUACAUAUACAAUGCAAAUAUCUUUAAUAGAAACUAUUGUACAUUUGUAGAUUGUUAUUAUGUGUAACCAAUCCUCUAGUUGUCUUGUAUGACUGUGAAUUUAUCAGAAAUAAAUUUUCAUUUUUAUUUGAA